UUUUAUCUGUAUGCAAAUUGUGCCCGUGUCAUUCUCGCGUCCUUACACGUUGUCAGUUUUGAGUUUUCGAUUAUUUAUCAAAUCUUAUCAGAUUUUAUACGUUGUACAGCUUUAAUAUUACUUCGUUAAACCAAUCAGCAAUGUCGUCUCCAGACGAGAGCUCCCAACUAAAAGCGGGCCAUCCACCCGCUGUUAAAGCUGGUGGUAUGAGAAUCACUCAGCACAAGGUGCCUCAUGCAAAAGAUAGUAAGGAGCCAGCCAAUGAGGACUUAACCGGUCUCGGCGGGCCAUCUGCAGUGCCGUCCAAUCCAGUGUCUAUCUCCGGAGCACCCAAUAGAGGCAACGCUGACUUCACGCCUCAAGCUGCUCAAGUCGCCCACAGUCCUAAGCCUCCAGUCCAUGUAAACGUUAAACCUAAUGCAAAUAUCCAACAGCCCAGAAAGUAGACUGAUUUGGAAGACCAGAAAUGCAUAUCAACGUCCACAGGCAUAGAGUAAAAGAUAGUAAACAGGUUUUAAUAACUGUCACAAGGUUUGUGUGGAGAGGCACUAGCUCAGGAGUUGUCACUAAAGGUCUCCCACGUUCAGGGAUGUCAAAUUAGUUUAAAUUGUUUGGAAAAAAGUAACUAAAGGUGUAAAUAUUGUUAUCAUCAAAUUCAAAGUUGCUUGUAGGAAGGGAUAAAUGUAGUUCUUUUAUUCCUGAUACAGGGUUUGGAAGUCAAACUGACUUAAUUUAUCUUGGUAAUGUUUGUUAAGAGGUAUCUCUAUCUUUUUCUUUAUGUCUGUGAUUUUUGUUGGGUGUUUUAUAUAAUGCAAGAUGAAGUGUAAAUAAAAUCACUUAUCUAGAGUUGGCUAUGCAAUUUUAAAACAUUGUGAAGACUUAUUUUCAUUUGGUUUGUUGAAAUUUUAUAUGAAAUAUAUAAUUGUUUAUUGUAACUCAAUAGCCCACAAUAAAAGAGGUGAUAUGUUAAAUCCCACUAUAAGAAGGCAAAUAUUCUUUUAAAAAUAGAGUUAAAAAUAUUUAUCACAUAUAAGUUCAAUAACCAGUAGAAUAAUUAAAACUAGGUCUUGUGAAAUUUCAAUACAACUUUAAUCAAUAAUGUACAGUUGUGUAAACAUUAUUAAUGAUUGUAAGUGUUGUGUACAUGAAUGUUAUGUUUACGGAUUAUUUCAUGUAGAAUGGUGCAGGUGGCAGUUCGUUUCACUCUUGAAAGUUUCGCGAUUCACGAUAAUAGUAUAUAUUAUGAAUGUCAUACAGGCGACUGUCACCAGACCCAUGCUAUCUGAAAAACACUGUAGUUGUGAAUUGUACAUUAAUUCUGUACUUGAAAGUGAUACAAGAUUUGUAGAAUUGUUUUGCAGUGCAUAUAUUUUUUCUUUUCACAACCACAAAAAGCAAACUCCAAAAUUACCCUGAAUUAUAGGAAGUAAAACUUUUGUUUUAACAGACUUGUCUUUGACUUCCUAGAUAAGGAAUUAUGAUUUAACCAGAUGUUCAAGAAUGAAUUGAAUUACAUAUUAUUUUGAUGGAGAAUUAUUAGUUAAAAUCUAGUUUCAAUACAAAAAAAAAUAUCAAGCAUCUAAUAAAAUGAUGACAUCAAAAUGUAUCUUUUUUAUGGGUUAAAAAAAAAUAUUUUGCUGAAUCAUGUUCGACAAGUUAAAAUCUCAAUUUUCCUUAAACUUAAUGGACAACCUUUAUGUUUUUGCUCUCAUAAAACACCUAACUUAAAUAAAUGUUCUGCAGUCUAGGAAUUAGUUUGCUAUAUUAAGAAUAAAGUCAAUAAUUUAUUUAUUGUCAUAUCUUUGAGUAAUACAUAUUUGGAUUUGAUGUUCUUGUUAUAACAACCUAAUCAUUAAUGGGCUAUCCUAAAAAUAUUCUUUCUAUUUUUCAUACUUCAGCUUAUAUUUUUUUAUUUUGUUUCUUUUUUUGAAGAAUUUUAUUUAUUGGUUGUGCAAUUUAAAUAAGACUAAAAACAUUUUUUAUUUUAGGUAACCAAAUUAUUUUUAGCUAUCUCUUCAACACUUGAUACUUUUCUAAUGUCUAUAGUAAAAGACUGCAUUGAGAAAUUAUUAAAAAAUAUAGACCAGAUCAGAAAUAUAAAUAAAAAAUCUUGGAUUGGGCGCGACACUACCUACUAUUUUUAGCAGUUUGUGCUUAGUAUGCUAAUGUUAGAAAAUAGUUCCUUUUUUUGCUGCAUAACAAGGUUUUUUUUUUAUUUUUUCUGGUCAGGCCAUGACCUGAACGGUACAAUGUGUUGAAAUGUCAGAUAUAAAUAAUAUUCAUACAAAAUUCGUUUUUUCACAUGUUCCUUGAAAAAUAUGAACAUCUGAAUUUCCCAGUUACCUUAUUUAUUAUGUAACAAAAGACCUGUGGUUUCUUGAUAGGUAUUCUAAGGUUUCUAAUUACAUACAUUAUGUAUUAUGGUAUUGUGCAAGACUAUCUCUAUGUUAAGGAUAAUAAAUAUAAUAAUACUUAAUUGAACAUGUUAUAAAUGUACUGAUAUUAUAACUAUAUCUAUGUUGGGAGAAGGAUGCUCAAACCUGUUUGGGAGAAGACUUAUAAUUGGCAACAUUUUAUAAUAAUGCCAUACUUGUGAUGAUAAAUUCCUCCCAAUUUGGUUUUAGUACAAGUGUUAUUGUUAUUUAAAUAAAUAAUAUUUUUUAACUCAGACCCUGUUUGAACACAUAGAAUAUAUUAACCGACAUUCCUGUAUGCAUUUUGUAAGUUAAUUGAUUAACUUGUGUAACUAUUUGAUUCAGUUCUACCAUAUCCAAAAAAGUUUAUGAAAAAAAAUAUAAAAUUAUUGUAGCAGAGAAAAUGUUUAAAAAGAUGCUAUUUUAUUAGGGUAAAUUGGUGCUAAAAUGUUUUUAUUGGUUGCAUUAUGUUAAUUUAACAUUCCCACGUGUUUUCAAUAAUAUAAAUUCAGUUUAAAUAAAAUGUUAAAAGCUAAGAUUGGUCGAAAUGUGUUGACAUUUGGGACCACAUGUUUUUUAAGGUUUCCUUUUUUUUAUUUUUCUUUUAGUUUUAAAUAAAAAUAUUAAAAUGUC